AUGGCUUCAUCCUCCCGUCAAUUGCAUAUAGAGAACGUUUCGACCCCAAAAUCGCCGGUGCAGCCAUCACCACUAGAACAACCAGAACAGAGGCCACGGCCACCAGCAGAUCAAACUCAACCACCAGAAGGCCAAGCUCAUGGGUCUGGUGCCGGACGGGCACGUAACUACACGAAGCCGGGAUGGGUGCUGACCAUAGAGCCACCAUAUCCAUGGGCUUCAAACAUGAGGGCAAAAGUUUUAAGCAUUGAGGAAUUAAUAUCCAAGAAUAUCCUUUUCAUAACUGGCGACGUUCAUUGUAGAGAAUGCAAGAAGCAGUUCCAGAUGGAGUACGAUUUGCUGUCUAAGUUCUCCGAAGUUGUUAGCUUCCUGGUCAAUGAAAACGACAAGAUGCAUAAUCGAGCACCAGAGGUUUGGUUAAAACCUGAAGAUUUAGACUGUACUUCUGCAAGCAUACUGGCCAUCACAGAACUGCGGCCAAAGAUCGAUUGGUUUAUUUAG